UGACUGACCUGCAGCGCCUCUACUGCGAAGCACGCAGGAUGUCGUGCGAUCCCAUGAUUCCUCGGUCGCAGGCGUGUAAAGAUGGCGUCCGACUACGAUGAGCCGAUAUCCGACCAAGAAAAGGUUCGCAUAGUGUCGGAUUUCAUCCAGUUAGCGCCGCCCGGGGAAUUCAACGAGGUGUUCAACGACGUCCGCCUGCUGCUGAACAAUGACACCCUGCUCAAAGAAAAAGCGUCCAGUGCAUUUGCACAGUACAAUAAGGAUCAGCUGACGCCAGUAGAAAUUGAAGGUUCUGAACACCAGGCACUCGUCACGCACUACAAUGACCUCGGCGAGGGUCGGUUCUAUGACCCGCGCACGCGGCAGUCCUUCCGGUACGACCACCUCCGCAAGGAGGCGACGGACUACCAGAGCCAUCCGCCGGGAUCCAGCGGGGACGGCAGCGUGGGGCUGCCCGAGGGACACGGUGAGAGCUGGCGGGCUGCGCUGGAGGAGGCGUGGACGCAGUACGCACGCGAGCACUACCGGCACGGCACGUGCGCCGUCUUCGACCGCAGCCCCAGCCCCCAGGAGCUGGCGCUAGUCGCCUGCCUCGAAGACCACCAGUUCCAGGCGCAGAACUUCUGGAAUGGUCGUUGGAGAAGCGUCUGGACAGUAAACUUUCCCUCGGGUGCAGCCACAGCCGACGUGAAAGGGCUCGUCAGAGUUCAAGUCCAUUACUACGAGGAUGGCAACGUCCAGCUAGUAAGCUCCAAGGAGAUCAAAGCCACCCUCAACAUCACGAACGAGCAGCAAGCUGCAAAGGAGUUUGUGCAGAUCGUCGAGGAUGCAGAAAACGAGUAUCAGACUGCCAUCUCCGAAAACUACCAGGCAAUGUCGGACACGACGUUCAAGGCGCUACGCCGACAACUGCCGCUGACGCGAACCAAAAUCGACUGGACCAAGAUCCUCAACUACAAAAUUGCCUCCGAGCUGAAACACCACUGACUGUCUCCUCCUCUCUGUGCCGCCCGUGCUAGCACUUUUUUUUUUUCUAGGACUCCUCAAGCCCGACUUUUUCUAUCCAUGCUUCUGAACUGCUGUAGUUGAUGAUUUGUGUUGUUCUCGGUUUCUCCGUUAAUUUUCUGUGGAGCCACCAUGUUGUAGCUUGUCUCUUUGCCUUGUUGAAAAUGAACUUCAUACCAUGUGCGGACGGCCCUCCUGUGUUUGGACUUGUGUGGCUAUCCUGCCUAUUCAAAUGCGAAUUAGUCCUAAAUGCUUUUUCUUUUUUUUUGUAAAGGGAUCAACUGAGUGGGUUUAAACUGAGAGUCUUAUUCGUAACACGGUACUGCCGAUUGUCAUGCAGUUGGAGGUGGCUGACUAUUGUCAACUUUAAAGGUUUUUUUUUUUUUUUUUCGUGCAAUUUGUGAACAAGGUCUAAAGGCUCAUUUGCAACAGCAACUUGGAGGAGUUGCAUGACCGUACGCAACUGGGGAUCGCGGAGUAACCGAGGACUGCCGAUGUUCACACUGGCAUGUGCAACAAGCCAGUCACCGCACUGAAAUGCCUCGCGAUCGGUGCCAUUCACAUCUGCUCACAUAUACUCUUAAUGUAAGUAGAUGUCCCGUUCUUGCACAUCUGAUUGGCUCACAAGCUUUGUGGCUGCAGUCACAUGACCGAGAAAUCGAGCAGUAAGCGACUUGACUCGAAACAGUCAUUUUUCAACCAAAGUCCAAAGUCACAGUUCGAAAUCGGUCAGUUUGCGAACAACUUCACCCAGAACGGUCACUUUUCGACCGUUUGCGACUGCACUGUUCGUGCAAUUUCUGCGUGUCGCUAGUGCGAAUGAGCCUUAAAAGACUGGAACAGCCCGUUUGAAGGCUCUCGUUUAAGUAUCUUUUUUCCACAGUCACUUUCUUGAACAAGAAUUUUCUAAACUAUGUGAAACUGAUCGUUUACUCUGGUUAUUACAAUUCUGCAACCAUUUUCUCUUUUGGCAACUAUUGUGAAAACGUAGUUAACGCAGAGCUUGCUAAAUUUGCACUCACUUAAGAUGCGAAUGGGCACAGCUUAGCUGCUCUUCAUUGUUUUUUCCCCCUUUUACACAAAUUAAUCGUCCAUUUCUAAUCGAGCACUGGACAUGUGCCACCCUUGACUGAGCAGGAUCAGUCUUGAGAAAGCUGCAUUGUUGCCAGCCUUUUAUGCUUUCAAGUCCAUGCCCAUCGGGGGCAUGCCAGCAUUGUUCUUUUUAAGACACAUGUUUGGACUGUAUUUACUUUGCACUUUCCUCUGCAGUGGAAGACUUGUUGGUCCAGUAAAUUUUAGCAGAGCUAGGUCGCUGCAGUAGGAGGCGGUAACCGUGGAAGUUCGAAAUGUGAAAGACACUUUGAAGAGCUCUUUAUGCCGACCCACAUCUUGCUUCCCGGUAGACAUUUCACUACCAAGCUUUUCUUUCGAACCGAUGGACAAUUGCACGAUGUUAGAAUUCAGUACAGAAGAGUCGAAAAACUAGCAGUGCCUAAGCUGUGAAAGUAUGGUCUGUGAAGACAAGUUAGGAUGCAUUUCAUUUCAUAGUAGUUUUUUUUGCUUGCACCUGUUCUUUCGUGCAAAUUAGCACUGUUUUCGAGUUCCGACUGCAAGAACAUUGGGUCUGUAGGCUUUCUAGUGAAAGAGGGUUUAGCUUCUUGCGUGAUAUUGUUUCGCUCGGGGCAUCUUAUGAUGUGUUCAUAAGAGUGCUUUUAAUGUUACUCGAUCGACGAGACUUUGGAACAUUGAAAUUUGAACAUUGAAAUGGAACAUUUAAAUCUUGCGGAGCAUUCUUACAUCACAGAGCAUCUCUUCUCCAGAAAAAUUGGUGUUCCUCGUUAGCAAACAAAACCAGAGACAGUCCAGAAUUUGUGUUAACAUGGGUUGCAACAACACUCUCCAGUAUUAGCAAAGCUAUGCAUUAAGUGUGCCACUUAAUUGGAUUGUGAGGACCUCAUGUUUUUUUUAACAACUCGUGAAAGACGUUGAAACGCUGUUAGCUUUCAUAAUGUAAUGGGAUUUCCGUUCCACACUUUGCACUCCCUUUUUUUUACGUCGGGACCUCUUUUGUUGCAAAGACUUCGUCGCCUCAGUUGGCCCGCACCGAGCCCCAAAGGCCACUGCUAGGUGCUCUACAGUGCCUCAUUUGGAAGACCCUCUCACACUCGCUGCACUGAUGCAGUGAGUGUAAGCACGGCACACGAUUAGAUUGCAUUGCACCCCCUUCUGUGAUCAGGGCUUGUGCUUUCGCUCUAUAAAUUAUUAUUCUAUGAAGCGCAGAGGCUGUGUGACAAUCCUUUUGUGUUGCAGAUUGUUCCUGCUCAUUCUCUAUUUUUUCUAUUUGUCGAGAAAUGUAAGUGGGCUGAGAACCCCCUUUUUUUUUUUCGUUUAAGGGUUGUGUAUUCACAUGCCGCUUGUAUUGUCUAUAAGCAAGCUUGGAAGGAGGACGCCGUUUAUUUAUCUGCUGAUCUUGUUUCACUGUGUUAUUUUUUUUUUUUUGGCUGCGUGUUUGUUAGCCCCCCCCCCCCUCCCCCGAAACUAAUCAUCCCUGCGUUUAUUAGGUGGUUGGUGAAGCGAUGAGCCAGAGAUUGUUCUGUGAAUCAAAGGGCAGGGAAAAAAAGUGUGCGUGCGUGUGUGUGUUACCAUUUCUUCUGGCACAUUCGCUUCUCUUCACGAAGACAGUGUAGAAAUGUUUCUUUUUCGGCACAGAGAGCGAAGAGAGUCUAAAGUUGUGACGCAAGUCGAGACAAAUGCAUGAAUUAACUUUUUUUUUUUGUUUUCCUGCCACGCGUGUGCGAUAUUUCUCGAGCUGUGGUUGUAACUUUUUUUUUUUCCUAGAUGAACAAUGCUGUUGUUCUGCCCUCCUGUGGCUGGGUUGGCGCUUGUUUUUGAACUAGCGCCAGGCCUAAGAGAUGGGUUUUUUUUCUUGUUGACCCUUUGGGGAUAAGAAAUGUUGAAUAAAAGGGGGUUGCGAGAAA